GUUUUGUUACAUAUUAUCAAAGCUUCUACACUUGGCGCUUACUGCUAUGCACUCGUAGUAUUUCUAACCGAGAACAAAAAUAUUACCAAUGUUUAAAUCCCUUACGGAAGCUCUCCGUACUUUAUUUAACUAUUCAUCGAAUGACCACACCGAACCUCAGUUUGGAUAUAAAAGAAAGCGUAAAUUUGAAGAAAACAGUGAUGCUGCAGAUGGUCAAGUAAGGAGCGUUGAAAAAAAACGACGAAUUGAUUUAGAAUCUUCAUCAAAUUCUUUAUUCAACCUAAGCACAGUAAAAAAAUCAGCAUCAAGAAUGGCUAAUUUCUUGGAAUCAAACCCUUCUUUUUCAAAACUAUUUAAUGUAAAAGCUAUUGACGAAUCUGAUAGGUGGGGCAAAGGAAAGUCAAAUGGAAGUACGUCAUCACAAAUAAAUGGAGAUGACAGAUUAAAAGCGAAUGAAAGAUUAGUAUCCCGUUAUAAUUUGCAUCAACAAACAGGGCCAUCUAACAAUGGAGAAUUAAAACAGACAGGUUAUCAACCCAAACCAAUGAUGCAACGCACAAUCAAUAGUUCCAUUUUCAAAAAUAACAAGGAGUCUGAAGCAUGUAAGUGUAUUCGUCUAAAAGAAAAAGAGGAAUAUCAAAAACUGCUUCAGCUUCAUUGUCAGCCCAAUUGGCCAGUUAAAACUUUGUUUUCAACCAAAACCAUCCCACAGGAAGCAAACUCAUCUCAUAUUUCUACUUCAACGCCAAGGCAGGAAACUAAAUUACAGGAUAACCAAAGUUUAAGUCGGUCAUCACUGUCAGCAUUAAUUGCCCUUCAGCGAAAAAAUGCUGGAUUUUCCACGUUACAGAGAAGUGGACUUAGAGACGUUUCAGGUGUACAGAAUAAACCAAAAGAGUCACAUACAUCCAGUUCAACAACAGAUGACUGUAUUAUCAUUGAAGAGACUCCUGCUGUGGAAAUUAAACAGGAUCCAGAUUUAAUUAAACAGACAGCUGACAGUUCGAGAAGAAGCUUUCUCCAGUCUAAAUUUUUCAAUGAUAAAGAGAUAGAAGAAAGAAUAAAGUCUAGAAAAGAGGAACAGGAAAGGAGAAAACGGUUGAUUGAAGAGGAGGAGUGCAAGGCUAAAGCUUAUGCUGAGAAGAGACGUGCACAAGAAAUGGGUCUAGAAAAGAGAUUGAAAUAUCAAAUGAGAAUCUUUGAUGAAGAGCCCAGCAUUUCAGAAGAAAUAUUUAAAGAGGAUGAAGAAGAAGAAGAAGCACUUCCAGAAUUCACCAAUGAAAUGCAAAAUGUAGUUACAUCUGCUUUUCGUGGCAAUCCAAAUGAAGUACUGGCAAAGGGAUUUGGUUUGCAAAUAACAAGAAGAGAUAUUUUAACUUUAAAGGAUAUAAAUUGGCUUAAUGAUGAGGUUAUUAACUUCUAUAUGAAUAUGCUGAUGAAGAGAGGCGAGGAAACAAAUAUUAAAGCCUAUGCCUUCAAUACUUUUUUUUACCCAAAGAUCAUGUCAGGUGGACACCAGGCUGUUAAAAGGUGGACAAAGAAAGUGGACAUCUUUGACAUGAAACAUAUUAUUAUACCUGUUCAUUUAGGAAUGCAUUGGUGUUUAUGUAUGGUUAAUAUAAAAGAAAAAAGCAUUACAUAUUAUGAUUCAAUGGGUGGAAAAAACAACAGUUGCCUUAAAGCGGUUUUCAACUAUCUGAAAGAUGAAAGAAUUGCCAAGAAUCAGACACCUCUAGUCGAAAAAGAAUGGAAAGCACAACAUGCGGAGAACAACCCACAUCAAAUGAAUGGAGGUGACUGUGGAAUGUUCAUGUGCAAAUAUGCCGAAUACAUCACAAGAGACAAACCAAUUACAUUUACUCAGGAGGAUAUGCCAUACUUCAGAAAACGAAUGGUCUAUGAAAUAUUAACACAGAAGCUUCUGCAGUGAAUAUGUAACAACGUUUUAAGAUUAAAUUAAACUAUCUAUCUAGGGUAAUUAUGACAAAAUACUUUCUAUUAUGUUGUGACUGCAUUUUGUAGAACAUCAAAAAAGAUUUGCUGUUAGGGAGUUAAAAGUAUACUUUUUUUAGUUCAGUGUUAAGAUUUUUCAGGUGUAAACAAUAAUUUAAAAGCAAAUAAAACUAAAAUUGUUAAAUCUUAUUGACAAAAACAUGACUUAAAAAUUCAAACCUUGAGCAUGCAUUGAUGGAAAAAUAGUAAAGUGACUGCGCUAUUCUAUUUUAUUAGUCAGCUUUUAAAAUAAUCUUCUGCACAAAAUUCAUUUUCAUAUAUACUAUUCUUUUUAAUCACUCUGCAUCUUGUGGUUGUGUUUGAAUGAUUUCUUUGAUAAUGUAUUUGAAUACUGGCAGCUUAAAUCAAACAGAGUGUUGAAAAGAAAAAUAGAUGUGCUUAAUACACGUGAAACAUAAAUAUUAUUGAACUUUCACUACCAGAGUAGUAGAAAUUCUGUGUAUUGUUUUUAUUCUUUCAUUUAAACUUUAAAAAACCUGCAUGAAUGGAAGAUGUUGAUCUUACUUUUCAUGAUUGUUGUAGGAUGUUAGUAGAACUAUUCAUUUUAGCUUUGAAGAAAUUGACAUUUGAAGAUGUUAAGUGAUACAAGUUAGACAUCAUAGAACAAGAAAAUAUUAAGUAUGAUAGUAAUAAUGUAAAAGGUAGAGACAAAUUGUUCUUUAGUUAUCUAUAUGAUCAGCAGCAGUGAUUAAUUUUAACAUUUAUACAUUUAAAACUUAAAAUUGAUCUCAGAUUCUGUACAGUUUUGAGAUUUUAAGUAUUUGUGCUUUCAAGAAUUCUAAAAAAUUUAUGUUAGUAUUGAAUUUCACCCCAACAGAUUUAAAUGUUUCUGAGAAAGGGCAAAUUUUAAGUAAACUUUUUUCAAAUAAUUCUGUUAUCUUAUGUUUUUAUUAGAUAGAUAUUCAUGACUAAAUUUUUUACACUUGCCCUUGCUAAUAAAUACUUUGGAUGGGUUAUUUUCUUGUUUAUCAAUACUAAUACUAAUACAUAUAAAUUCCAAAAAGAGCAAAUUUAUAAUUUUAGUUUUAAAAAAUUAUAUUUUAAUUUUAAAACUUUUUAUGAACCUGUUUUUAAGAAAUACUCGCUGUUUAAAAAGUCAUAAAUUAAAAAGAUUUUUACUUCAGCUGCAUUUGAAAGUGUAAAUUAAGAUUAUUUAUUUAUUUGAAUGAGUUUAAUUUAGUUUUUCAAUGAGAAACAUAAUUGUAAACACUAGCUUAUAACAGUGUGGAGGUUCAACAACUUUAUAAAUAAGUCAUACUACAAUCAUUAUCUAUAAAACAAUUUUUAUUUCUACAUUUCAUCCUCAAAACCAUGGGAUGUAUACUUAUAUGUAAUAUAAAUAUGUAUAUAAACUUGUUUCUAAUUCAUUUAAAAGCACUUACAGUUAGUUAUAAUAAACAGAGGUGUUUCUUUGAAUUUUAAAGAAGCAGACGUUAGGGGAAAUAAAUGACUACCAUUAGCUUUUUAUAUAUUGAUUUCAUUCGCUCUUGUCUAUAACAUGUUACACUGGUGUCUACGUUAAAAAACUGUUAGGGACUAGUUGAACCUUCACUUCCCAUAGAGUAAUUUUCUAGUGUUUUAAACUACUAAGGCAAAAAACUCAGGUCAGCUUCUGUUCUAAAAUAGAUGGAGGUUGUCACAUGGGCCUGAAAAAUUUCAAGAGAUGCAACUAAAUAUCCUUGACCUCCACUUAAAAACUAUGAAUUCUAAAUAGUCUGCCAUAAAGUAAAUGUUAGGUGCACACAAUAUAACUUAUUCAAUUUAAAAAAAAAACAACUAAAAAUCAUACAACUUCAAUAGCAGAAUCUAAAGAAGAAUUUAGAGUGAUAAGCACUAAGUAGCUAUCUUCAAUCUCUAGGUUUUUUAAAGAGGUUAGGGUGGGCUUAUCUGAUUAAGUUUGUAGCCUGUUGUUAUUGUCUUUUUGUAGCCUAUGGUCCAAUUACUCUUGAAAGACCAAAUGUGUAUCAUACUUGUGAAAUAAAGGCUUUGCUUACUAGUCACAAAAGGUAUAAGAAUAAUAACCAGCCUAUCAGCAUCCUUAAAAUCUAUAGCUUAUUAUUUUAAAAAAAAAUAGCUGAUUGCAUUGACAAAAUAUUUGGCUAUAAACUUUCUUUUCAAUUUAUACUAACACAUGGAAAGAUUACACAUAAAUUUGUUUGUUAAUUUAUAAAUAUUCUAUUAAAUGGAACAAGAGUAAAAUUGUGUAUGUGAGAAUGUAUAAUUUAUAUAUAUUGACCACUUUUGUUGUA